AAGUUAAAGCAACAACAAUACCAAAACUUAGCCCUUGGCCUUGAAAUUGUAAUUGAGCCGAGAUUGAAUUAGUCAUUCCAGUUUACAAGCUACAGCUCGCACACCCCAAAAAUGGAGCAAUGGAAUAAUGUGGAGCUAACAAACAUGUCCAAAUCGAAAUCGUAUACCUUAAAUCAUGAUUACGAUGAUGCUGCUAAGUUGAACAAGGAGAACCAAGUGACCUCCAAUGGAAAUCCAAUAGGCAAUGAAAAUGGAAAUGGAAAUGGAGAAACAAACCAAAACAAACAACAAAAUAAAGUGCUUGAACCUGGCUCAGAAAUCAAGCCGAUUGUCCAUCUUGAGGAUGUGGAAUCAUUGGUGAGACGUUUAUAUGGCAUUUCUAUAAACGAUGUCAAGGAGCUAAAGGCCUAUGAUGAUCGCAACUAUUUGAUACAGGAAGAUGGCAACAUAAAGAAUCCUCUUAUUGUCUCCCAUUGUCCCCAUGGCUAUGUGUUGAAGAUUCUUAAUUCUUUGGACUCCAAGAAAGUUGAAUUUGUGGAUGGACAAAAUCAGUUAUUGCUCUAUUUAGCCAAGCAGAAUGUAAAAUGUCCCCGACCCAUAGCCAAUGCCGUGGGUAAAUACUAUUCGGUGGAGCAGCUUAGUGGCAAGUCCCAUGUGGUGCGACUCUUUGAGUUUUUGCCAGGAAAAAUGUUUCACGAGGCGCAAAUGUCGAAGAAUUUGCUAUUCCAGAGUGGGGAAUUUUUAGCGAAAUUGGAUGGAUCCUUAAAGAACUUCACACAUCCGGCCUAUGAAACACACAAAUCACUCUGGAUGCUACAAUCGGUUCCUCAAUUGAGGGACUUUAUCUAUGCAGUCAAGGACCAAGAUCGUCGGACCUUGUGUGAGGAAAUAAUAGAAGCCUUUGAAUCCAAAGUCCUGAGUGCAUUAGACACACUGGAUCAUCAGAUAAUCCAUGGAGACUACAAUGAACAGAAUAUAGUUGUUUCGCUGGCCAAAAAUGGCUUAGAUUGGAGUGUAAGCGGUGUCAUUGAUUUCGGGGAUACAAGUAAAUCGCCUUUAAUCUUUGAACUGGGCAUUGCCUUGGCCUAUAUGAUACUACAAGCCAAGGAUUUAUCCAGCGGAGGCAUAUUUCUAGCCGGUUUUACCAGCACUCAAACGAUUUCUGAAAAGGAAUUGGGCUAUCUGAAGUAUUGUGUUGCCGCUCGUCUCGCUCAGAGUCUAAUAAUGAGCUCUUAUACUCAUACACUGGAUCCCACCAAUGAUUAUGUACUGGUAACACAAGCUGAAGGCUGGAGGAUAAUCGACGAACUUUGGCGAAAUAAUCUGGAAACCAUCGAUGAACUAUGGGCCACGACAGGACAUGAGUAUUUAACGCAAAGCAAUAAGUAAUUAACAAUUAGCAAUCAAUUUGUCAAUUAAUGAUGUCGAGAUGUAGCACAAUCUCCUGUAAACUUCAAGUAUUUCAAUGGCAUUUUCUGUUUAAUCUUUUACAAUUUAUCAGUUAUAUUAUUAUUAUCAU